AUGGAGUCUGAAGCAUACGAGUCUGUAGGUAAUGUGACCCAUAUAGAAAAAGAAGAGCAUGUUGCGUCACCACCACCUAUCUCUUACUACUUGGGCUCAGGGAUACAUCGUAACCGGAAAAACGCACAAAAGACCAUUCCCACAUGUGGAGGCGUUAAGAAGAACCAUAGGACUCAACAUCUCUGUUUCCACAGGUUCGCGGACAACUUUCGCCUGUACCACACUGUCCCUGCUGAGCCAACACGAAACUCGAUGCCUGAAGCCUCCCGUGAAACACAGAAGACAAGGGUCGAUGAUCCCUCCUGUAUUGCGGAUGUAGUGAACUAA